AUGAACUUUCUACCAACUGAAUUACUUCACAGUAUUUUUACUCUCCUUGGCAAUGACCAAAAGUCCUUGUCUCAUGCAUCAAAAGUGUGUCGUCAAUGGCGUGCUAUUGUUCUGCCUCUAAUAUAUUAUAGACCCCAAUUUAAAGACAUAAACGGUUUUCGCAAAUUUCUACGAAUUUCUUAUACUUCUGGUUCUUUAGUCCGUGAAGUUAACCUAUCACAUUUACCUCACCGGUGGACCGCCAUCACUGACCCUGAUAUUAUUCACCUAGUUAACCUUUGUCCAAACUUAACCUUUCUUGAUAUUAACCAAUGUUCUGCACUACAAGAUUCAACGUUGGCACAUAUUGCAAGUAUUUUAGGUUCUCAUCUCACCACCCUAAUCGUAUCUCAGUGUCCGAAAUUCACAGACAAAGGGUUCAUUGCUUUAGCUCGUUCUUGCAAAGCACUUACUUCUUUGGACUUUUCUUUUACUGACAUAACUGACAAAGCUCUUUCUGAGAUCGCUGUUACAUGUCCAACAAUAAGGUGGAUAAAUUUAAUCAACUGUGUUGGUGUGACAGAAUUGAGCUUAGAUGAAUUAAAAAAAUGGUGCAAAGAAUUAAAAGUUUUACGAUUAGAUGGUUGCUAUGGAAUUUUAGGAGAAGUUGAAUGUGAUGAUGAAAUUUGG